UUGACCAUCACAUUCAUCCUCUCCUCUCCUCUCAUCUCUCACUUCCCGGUUUAUCAUUUCGUACCGCUCCGCUGUUUUUGUUGUGCGAAUCGCACUCCACAGUCACUCGUUCCACCUCUUUUCUGUGAUCCUUGAACGGACGCACUCACACCGACCGUAUACCCUUUCACACAUCCCGGAUUUCUCACUCCAUCCUCCUCUGUUCAUAUCUCUAGCCGCCUCACAGGCUCUCAACGCUAUACCCUUCUCCCUCACCCGACCACACAUCCUCGUCCUUCAUCGGCACCCCGCUCUCAACAUCAACAGCACCAGCACUAGCAACAACUAACGCCGCAGACGCAGCUACCCGCGGAACCUACGCACAUCCAGCAGUCGCCGCCGCCGCCGUACCCUCAGCUACAGAAUUGAACAGAAUGGACCAUUAUGCUAAUAUCGAUAAUGGAGGACAGAGUUACGCGCCGAAUAAUAAUUGGAUGGAAACGCCGACGAAGGGCAGGGGAUCCAAGGCGAAGUGGAUCAUCGCAGGCUCCAUAAUCGGACUCCUCGCCCUCAUCGGUGUCGGCGUCGGCGUCGGCGUCUCCGUCGCGAACAAGAACAAAACCUCUUCUUCAUCCUCGUCGUCCUCGUCGCCGACAAACUCGGACCCGAACGAUCCGAGCCAGUUCACGAAGAAUGAUGCGUUGAAGCAGAGUCUUUAUGGGAUUGCGUAUACGCCCGAGGGGAGCCAGUUGCCGGAUUGUGGGAAUAGUUUGGAGGAUGUUAUCACCGAUAUUCAAUUGAUGUCGCAGUUGACGACUCGAAUCCGUCUCUACGGCGCGGACUGCAACCAGUCUGCUCUCGUCCUCGAGGCGAUCAAGCAGACGAAGGUCAACAUGACCGUCUGGCUCGGGAAUUACCCCUCCGCGACGGACUCGACGGCUUACACACGCCAGCGUGACCUCAUCACGGCAGCUAUCCAGACCUAUGGGACGGACCAUAUCGGGGGUAUCACCGUCGGGAACGAGUUCAUCCUCGACUACCUAGGCGCCAACGGCGGCGGCUCCGACCCGAACAGCGACAUCGGCAACCAAGGCGCCGAGAUCCUGCUCGCGAACAUCCAAGACACGAUCUCGACGAUCGGCAACCUCUCGCUGGACGUGACCAUUCCCAUCGGGAACGCGGACGCGGGGUCGUAUUUCAACGACAAGGUGCUCGCGGCGGUGGACUACGGGAUGGCGAACGUUCAUCCGUGGUUCGCGAAUGUGAGCGUGGAGGAGAGCGCGGGCUGGACUUGGGAGUUUUUCCAGGAGAAUGAUGUGGAGCUUGCGCAGAGUUUGGGGAAUUCGCCGCAGAUGUAUAUUGCGGAGACGGGGUGGCCUACGAACUCGUCCGAUGCGGGUAACGAGAGCAACGGCCCGUCGACGGCCACGGUCGAUAACCUCCAGAUCUUCCUCGAUAACUUCGUCUGCCAGGCCAACGCGAACGGCACCGGGUAUUUCUUCUUCGAGUAUUUCGAUGAGACGUGGAAGGAUGCGGAGUUUGGUGGCGUUGAGGGAUGGUGGGGAUUAUUCACCUCGAACCGUACGCUCAAGGACGGGUUGACGAUCCCUGAUUGCUCGUCGUGAUCGUACUCAUGCUCGGCUACAUUCCCCAUCUGAUUCUUCUUGCAUCUUCAUUCCGUUCGUUCGUCUCUGGACUUCUGAAUAGCUGCCUAUUCGUGGACGUUUUGGACUUUUGAGUCUCGAGAAGUACGAACGAGCCUGUUGUACUCCUCUCCUCUCCUCUCCCACCUUUCCUCUCUCCCUCCUCUGCCACGCUAGCUAGCCCUCGUCCUCGUAUUUCGCUGGACUGGACUCGGACAGUGAACUAUAUACUUUUACACUAUCUAGUUCGGUUCGUCUUGCUGUUCUGAUUCCCUCGCAUUUGUAUGCGUCUUCGAACUCUUCGCGCCCGUUUCGACUCACCCAUUCCCCCGCUUACAUACCUACCGUUUUUACCCAUUUACCCUUCGCGUCUGUCGUUUUUUUUCUUGUUUGGUCCCCACUCAUCUCAUCGUUCUUGAUUGUUUGUCUGUUUGUCUCCCUCUCUCUCUC